UGUGCCGCCGCCUCGUCGUGAGUCGCAUGAAAACAUUGUGGAGAGCGGGAGGGAGCCAUUUGUAGCUCAGAGGAUAAAGGCUGGAUUUGACACAGACAACACUAAGUGAAAAAUGACAGUGUGCAACUUUUUUCUUCAGGGUCGUUGUCGUUACGGCGAAAAAUGUUGGAAUGAGCAUCCGAGGGGAGGAAGCAGAGGAGGGGGAGGAGGAGGAGGUGGAGGAUACAACAACAACAACUACAGCCGCUCUUCUGGUCAGCAGCAGUCCAGAGGAGGUGGAGGAUUUGGGAACCGAGUUUGGGUUAAUCCUAACCAGCAAAAAGGAGGGUAUAUCCAGCCUUCAUCCUUCUCAUCUCACGGAGGUGAUGACUGGGGAGGUGGAGGAGGGAAUGACUGGGGUCGAGGAGGUGGAGGGAGAAGAGAUAACGUGAAGAGCUCAGAGUUCAGCUUCAACAGAUUUUCAGCGCUGAACACUCCCAGCAACUUUGACAGGGGAGGAAGAGGAGGAGGAACAGCUGGUGAUGAAGAUGAUGACAAAAAACUGGAGAUCAUUCAGAUGGACAUAGAGGUUUGGGAGAGUUCACGGCAGUGGUGCUUCUCAUGUUAUUCUAACUCCAAGGCACCUUUAAGUGGUUUCACUGAUCUCUCACCAGAGGAGCUCAGGCUGGAGUAUUACUCCACAAGAGCUUCAGGAGAUCUGCAGGGCUAUAUUAAUGGUGUCAAUCAGUUGCUCAACCAGUGGAGAAGCAGAGUCCAGGAACUGAAGGUUAUGAAUCCAGCCACACGCGCAGCUUUGCUCGCAGAGUUAAACAACCCAGCACCUGAGGCAUCUUCAAGUGGCUUUGGUUCAGUGACAGCGACUGGAUUUGGAUCCUCUACAUCUGAUUUUGGAAGCAAAGACUUUGGGGCUCCACCACCAGUGCAGCCCAACAGUUUCAGCUUUGCUGCUCCAAGUAGCGGAUUUGGUUCCUCAGCUGCACCGUCAUCUUCAACAGGCUUCAGUAGUGCCAUAGCAGCUCCUACACAACCUCCUUCAGGAUUUGGUUCUUCCGCUGCUUCUUCAGCUUCAACUUUCUCCUUCGCUGCCCCAAACACCAAUAAACCAGGCGCCACUUCAGGAUUUGGCUCUGCCUCAGGCUUCAGCUUCUCCUCUACAGCAAAUACCGGAGGAGGAUUUGGGAGUGGUUUUGGAGCUGAAGCACAAGCAGGAAGCAGCAGUGGUUUUGGACAGAUGAGUGGAGGGUUUGGGGCAGCAGCUGCUGCACCUGUAGCAGGAGCUGGGUCUGCUGGUGGGGCGUUGGACGGUCUGUUUUCACCUGAGAGCAAACUGUCUCCAGAGGAACUGAAUCAGUUUAAGGCUAAAAGGUUCACUCUCGGUCAGAUUCCUUUAAAACCUCCUCCAGCCGACAUGCUGGUGGUAUGAUAUGGGCGGAAAGUUUACAAAAUUUUUGAAAUAAAGACUUAUAAUUUAUGCAAACAUUUUUUUCUGCAUAGAGCUUUUGUUAAAUCCAAAUUCAUUAAUUUGUUGUUUUUAACAUACAGCUGAUAUUGAAAUAAUUAAAUCAGCUCAAUACUUAAAAUACUAUCAAUUUCAGCUGGGGAAACUUGCUUUGGUUCUAUUUUGUACAAAGUAUACAUCAUGUACAGCUGCAGUAUAUAUUUUUAAAUUGUCUCAUCAUAAAAUACUAUAUUAGUGUUAUUGAGUGUCUUAAAAUACACAGUUUGGAUGCUGUGAGGCAGGACUCUGGGUUUUACAUUUGUUGAUAUGAGAAGUUGAUGAGAAAAGUUUCAUCUCCAUGAUUAUGUAGUGUUCAUAUUCAUGUAUGUGUAUGUGUUUAGUAUACAUAUACUUGCAUACUCAUGGAGAUAAAACUUUUAAAAUAUGGUUAUGACAGCAAAGCAUUAAAAACAUGCCUUGAACUUGGUUGCAAACACAAAUCUCUUGCAGCAAUUCAGACACAAUGUCUUCUUACCUACAAAUGUAUUUCACUGAGUGCUUCAGCUGAGAAUAAAAGUCCUUUAACACACAUACUGCAAUCCUACAUCAGUGGGGUUCCUUUUGUGAAGAUUGUAAUUACACAACUCUGCCAGGAGAGGGUGUCAGAAUACAAGCCCCAAAAUACCUCUGGCUUUACAACAUUUGAGCACAAAGAGAUACUAGGCAAGUGUAAAUAACUGUGUACCAUAGGACUAAAUUGAAAGGUAGAGGUGGUUUGUUUCUUCAGGGUAAAUAUUACUCUCCCUCUGUUUAUUUUUUUACUCAGACUGCAAUGUGACACAAUAUUGAAACGACUGAACCGAGGCCCAUCGUCCACUACCCACUCAAACCAUCCAUCUAUAUCAGCUUGUCGGCCUUAAUCCAGUAGAAGAGAGGAAAGCGCGGUACAGCGCAGAUGACAAUGAGUGAGUAAGCUAUUCAAUGCGUAUUCAUUAGGUGUUGAGAACCCAGAGGGACCACAAGGAAGAGGAAUACAGCGACAAAGAGACGCCACUAAGCUAUUUUGCUGCUAUAGGGGUUACAGCUCUGCUGACUGGAGCAUAUUUUCAGCUGACAGGGAAUUUGUGAUAUCGGCAAGGGGUGCAACUGAGCUGUGUGUGUCCUAGUGUGUUUUUGUGUGUUGAAUCAUCCCAAGUCCAAGUCUCACAGUUGGGUCAGAAGCAUUGUGCACACAGCUAAUACGAUUUUAUGCCUACCUAUAAAUGGUAACACAGCAUUAACUGCCAGCAACAGUGUGCAACAUAGUAAUUUUCUCUCCUACUUCUCAGUCUGGCAGCAGUAACCUCCCACCCACCCCCUGCAGAUAAUGCAUAAAUAAUUCAACAGAUUAAUGAACGAUUAAAAUAGAGACUUGCGUGCUCAUUUUAGUGAAACUUGCUUCAAUUGCCAUCCGGUGACUCUUAAAUUCAUCUAACUGAGAUACUAUAGGCAUUUCUGAAUCCUUAUUUCCAGUAUAUACAAUAUAUUCCAGUAUUAUACAACAGUAAAUAAGCAGAUCUAAUCAACUUGUGAGUCUGCCUGUGUUUAUGUAAUGUGUGCAUGAGCUGCACAGAGCGGAUCACAGCAAUAAUAAAGAUGAGGGAUGGGUCUUUGGAUGACACAGUCAAACACAGAAUGUUUUACUGGGAACAUUUAAUCACUCAGGUGUACAUUACUACCUGUGUAAAGUUGUGCAAUGAAAUUCUAUAAAAUAAAUGAUCAAAUUUCACUCA